GCCAUCGACAUCGACCAGCAUCCAAGGAGUCAACAUGCUCCAAAGGUCAGGUUCAUCAAGAAGCAUCAGCAGUAACGUCCCAAUGUGGGACUCCGCUUCCCCAUCCCGCAACCCACCCCCUCUCCCGCUUCCUUCAGCUACGAUGGAUCACACCCUCGCCCGCUCCCCCUCUCAAUCAAGUCUCCACCGCCGUUCACGCUCGACAUCUCCGGUCAAGCAUUCAAUCAACGGCAUGUCCUACCUCUCCGCAUCCUCCUCCGACCAAGUGCAUUUAUCCCGCGAACCCUUCCAGCCACAACACGUACGCGUCUCACAAGAUAGCUUGGAUGUGUUGAUGACGACUACUACGAGUAUAUUGACGAAUUUGGAGAAGUUGAUUAAGAGGAGUAAGGAUAACGCGUCGGAUUUGGUUGCGCUGAAGACGGCGGUGAAGGAGGGGAAGCCGGUUGUCUUGCCGCCUGCGUUCGCGCCAGAACCGGUGGUUGCGCCGACGCCGACGACGGUGGUGGAGAAGGUUAACGUGGUGAAGGCUGUUGAGAUUGAUUUGGAGAAUAUUUUGGGGCCGUUGAGGGGGUUGUUGACGGAGUUUGAUAGGGGCGUUGAGGCAAAGAUCGAGCAAGGGCAGCAUUCAUUCAAUCAAUUGGUGACUGGGCAGAGUGCUGAGUUCGAGAGGGCAAUCAAGGCGGUGAAAGUUGAUGUGGAAAGUGUGGGGGAGGACUUUGGGCGCAGUUUGGAUAUGGGCUUGGAGGUGAGUGUGAGGAAGCAUGAUGAGGCUCUGGGCAAGGUCGCGGUGAAGAGUGAAGAAGCCGUUAGUGCGUCAUUACAGCCACUCGAUAACGGUCUACAGUUGUUUUCGGCCAGGUUGGCUGAUCACGGGAACGGCUUGGCGCGACACGGAGAGACACUCGCUUCGGCAAUAGCAGCACAUACUUCUGCUCUUGCCACAACUGCUUCGGUUCACGAACAAGCAUUGAAAGGCAGCCUUGGCGACGCUCUUUCUAAAACUAUAUCGACGCACCAAGCUGCGGUAUCGGACGCGGUCAGCAAAUCAGCUACUUCAUCUCUUGCACAAACAACUUCCCUUCACCAAUCAAGUCUCGACCGUGUCGCUUCCGAACACGGUGCAUCUCUCAAAAGCCACGAGCGCGAGUUUGACGCAAGCCUCAAGUCAAUAGUUUACGAGCAUGGACAGAAACUCGAGUCGAGCCUUGUUGAGGGGGUGAAUGCGCACCGCACAGGAUUGGAGUCAACUUUGAGCAACUACUCUAGGCAAAUCGAGCAAGACUCGCAGGCUCUUGGAGAGCUUCGGGCUGAGCAUUCGAGGACGAUGAAGAAGCAGGUCGCUGAACUCGAAAUCCUCGUGCAGAAAAAGGCAACCGCGCAGCAAGAGUUGGCUGAGCUCACCACCGAACUUGAAACCAGGAAGGCCGAAUACGCCGAACUCGCUAGGAAGGGUGAGCAGCUCGAGAAGAGGGUCGGCGAAGCCAUGGAGAGAACGAUCGAGAACCUUGUCGGGAGUGUCGAGCGUGUCGCGGAAUCCAAAGCAGCAAAGAAGGAGAGAAAGGAGAAAGAGCGCGAGAAGAGGAAGUUACGUCCAAUCGAACAAGGCUUCGAUAGGAGGAUCUUGUCUGUGAGUAAUGCGGGUGCGGAGCCUACACCCAGACCGGGUCACGCAAGGAAACCGAGUUUCGGGAAGAAAAUGUGGCGUGCGCUUUCUGGCUCCGGAAGUUCCUUCGGUGUCGGUGUCGGUACGAACCAGGAGAACUCCAACCGGAAUUCCGCUCUAUCCAUCUCAGAGGAAGGCGAGGUAAGUGUCGGGAGUGAAGUCAGUGCCAGUGAGCGCGAUACACUUACGGCUGGAUCUGGAGGCAUCGGGAAGGCGAGGGGCUUGUAUGGAGCGUUCAGGGCACCGGGGGUAAGGAGUCCGGGUGGGGAUGGCUCUGGGGUGUGGGAGGAUGGUCAAGGGAUUGUGGGGGUGAAUGCUGGGGCGGAGGAUGGGGAGGAGGUUGGGAGGAGGUGGAGGAGUGUUAGUGAGAGGAUGACUUUGACGUGA